AUGCCCCCUAAGAAAUGUAACCAACCUGGUACUAAAAUACCAGUCCUUCAAUUCGAUGAAGAUACGUUUCGAGCUGCAGUUUCAGCAGACGUAGCAGCUAUCAUGGCUCAUCUGAAUGCUAACAAUGCCAAUGUUAGCAGGAGCCCUAUCAAGAAUCCCGAUCAAAGCAAUGGACAGCAGCAAUCAUCACCGGUGUGCAAAGCCACCCAAGAACCCCAACCAAAUCUACUAAAGAGAAAGUUUAAAAACAAGGAGGAAAGUACCUCGACUCAAGGACCUUCCGAAGAGCAACGAGCUGAAGUGUUAGAUAUGGAAUCAAGGGAAGAACAACCAUCGCAAGCACAAUCUCAAGCUCAAUCCCAUUCUUCGGUUCAAUCAAAUGUACGAACAAAGACGGAUAUAGCAUGGGAACAUGUUACUCAAGUCGUUGAUGAGAAGGGGAAAAAGGCAUGGAUAUGUAACUUUUGUCAAAAAGUUAUAGGUGGUGGUGGAAUAAACAGGGUUAAGAAACAUCUUGCUGGUAUUAAAGGUGAGGUAGUAGCAUGCUCAAAAGUUAGUCCAGAAGUGCGGUUUACAAUGCAAGGAAAGUUGAAAGAGACUGCCCAAAAAGAAAAAGAAAAACGCACCACUAGUGUUACUAUCUUGGAUGAUGAUGAAGAGAUGGAGGAAAUAGAAAUGUCAACUGUGAAAAAGGGUAAAAGGAAAUCUACUUCAAACUUGCAUCCAUUUUUUACAAAAGGUAUAAAUGAUCCUUCCCAACCCACUAUUAAAUCUGCAAUGCAAAGUAAGGCAAAAAUACAUGAUGUGGAUUUAGCUAUUGCUAUGUGGUUUUAUGAUGCAUGUAUACCUAUGAAUGCUUGCAACUCUCCUUUUUUUCAACUUAUGGUAGAUAAAAUAGCAAGUAUUGGUUAUGGGUACAAAGCACCUAAUUAUCAUGCUCUGAGGGUUAAUUUAUUGACAGAUGCAAAAAAGUCAGUUUCAUUGAUAAUUGAUUCGUUAAGAAGUCAAUGGGUUGAUACAGGUUGCACAAUUAUGAGUGAUGGGUGGAGGGAUGUUUCACAACGACAUUUGAUUAAUUUCUUGGUUUAUUGUCCGAAAGGGAUAUCAUUUCUUAAAUCUGUUGAUGCAUCUGAUAUAGAGAGCAAUGCUACAAAUUUGUGUAAUUUGUUUGCUGAGAUUGUUGAAAUGGUAGGAGAAAAAAAUGUGGUUCAAAUGGUAACUGAUAAUGCUGCUAAUUACAAGCUUGCUGAAUUGGAUAAUGUGAAAAGUUUGGUCAAUCUUGCAUCGAGGGUUACUAUUUUUGUUUAUAAUCAUAAGUGGCCGUUGAAUUGGUUAAGAAAAAGACCCGGUUGGAAAGAAAUUAUCCGUCCAGGUGCUACUCGGUUUGGUACCGUGUUCAUAUCAUUGCAAAGUUUGUAUGACCAUAAAGAAGAUUUACAAGCAAUGGUCAUAUCUAAUGAGUUUAAGAAGAUGUUGAAAGUGGGAAAUGCGGUUGAAUGUAAACAGAUUGUCUUGAAUGAAAUCUUUUGGAAGAAUUGUUUGAUUACAGUGAAAGUAAUGACUCCUUUGUUAAAACUUUUGCGGUUGUGUGAUUCGGAUGAAAAACCUGCAAUUGGUUAUGUUUACGAGGGAAUGCGUCGGGCAAGAAGAGGGAUUAAGGAAUUGUUUAAGAAGAAGAAGGAAUUAUAUAGGCCUUACACUAACAUAAUUGAUAGCUGUUGGGAUAGGAUGUUAAGAAAAAAGUAUUUAUUGUGCGGCUUAUUGGUUGAAUCCUGGAGGUUUCGUGAUGCUGAAGGUACCUUUGGUAGAUCUAGUGCCGUUGCUUCUCGUAAUCUUACUCGUCCAGAUGAGUGGUGGAAGUUAUUUGGCGGAGAUAUUCCGGUUUUGCAAAAGUUUGCUAUUAGAAUAUUAAGUCAAACGGCAUCUUCUUCCGGUUGCGAACGUAACUGGAGUGUAUUUGAAAGGAUUCACACGAAACGGAGGAAUAGAUUGGAACAUCAAAGGCUAAAUGAUCUUGUAUUUGUUCAUUACAACUUGCGUUUACAAAAUAGAUUGAAGGUUGAUAUGAGGUCUUACGAUCCUGUUGACUAUGAAAAUAUUGAUAAGACGGGAUUUUGGGUGGUUGAAGAAGAGCGGGAAGGAGAACUUAAUUAUGAUGAUUUGGAAAAUAUGCUUGAUGAGCAAGAGCAUGAACCGGCUUCUGAAUCACAAGGUGACCAUGUUGAUCAUGAAGUUGAUAGUGAAUUUCAGUUACUAAGUGACCGCGAGAUCGAUGCUUAUAAUACUCCAAUUUCUCAAGAUCCAUGA